AUGCUUCGCUCGAUCCGACCGGGAUGGAGCUCGCUCAAUCGAUUGGUCUGCUGCGAGAGCGCCGGACAGUGCGCCGGCCCUUCUCGAAUACCAUUACCGCGGAAAUUGUCGUCCUCGGCCAACGGUCGUACGGUACGCAGAACAGAAUCAUCGCUCGUGAAUGGUCUCGACUCCUCGCUACCUAGCGUGCGGCGCCACGCCACAUCCCCAUCGGGGGUUAAGACGACCUAUCCAAGCUCAGCACCACCAGCAAACGAAAACAGCAACCACCAUUCUGAUACCAAGCUGGGCAGGGAACGGGAUCAAGGCUACCUUGCCUUCACCAAAUCGAGUCUGUUCAAGCUCACUCUGCCUCUGCAACCUCCAAGCUCAGAUCCCAAUUCUCCCUCUUCCAUCCUCUCGUCGGCUAGCGCGAGGGCGAAGCGCCAAGAGGAGUCAUCGGACGCCAAAGUAACAGAUGCCGAGCGCGAAAGCAUCUCCAAAGAGCCGUGGGAACAGGCAGCAGAAACCUCUGGUCCGCCUGUCUCGCAGGUGAAUCAUCGCCCGCAUUCGAAUCUGCAUGGUCCCGAAAAUGGCGAGCCGUCCGAUGUCGAGGCGGAUGAGUACGACGCCGACGCUCCAGCGCACAGCGUCGUCUUCCUGCUGCACAGCGCCCAGCCGCUCAGCUACAUUGCCAACUUGAUCCGUGCAGAAGGUCCGAGUCCAGAGCCAAGCCAGCAUCAAAUGAAGGAUGACAAGGAAAAAGCGUCGCGUGCACAGUCCCCAGACGGAGAUGACGGGAAAGGAGAAAAGGUGAGCGUGCCUGCUGCACCGCGCUCGUCCCCCGAGCGAAAGGACAAGCGCGUGAAUCUCAGCCCGGAGCAGCUCGAAAUGCGCGAAAUGCUGCUUCGUCAGGGUUUUGUCGAUCCGCUCGGCGAUCCGCCGAUCUCCUUCCAUACUCGCGCUGCGGACGGCAAGCGUUGGUCACCCGCAACGGGCAUCGGAGACUUCUUGCGCGAUGCCGCACGGAUUGGCUCCUUCGUCAUUCGAAUCGGCGAACGCAAUGUCUACGUGACCGUCCCCUCUUUCGAGGACCGCACGCGCUUCCUUCGUGCUAGUCUGUACGCCAAGACGGAGCAGAUCGAAAAGCUCGUCCAUCUCAAGGCCGAAUGUGAUCGCAUCGCCCAUUCGGGCACCAAGCGUCUCUCCUUUGCCGGUGUGCUCAUCCUCAGCGCUUGGUGGGGAUCUGUCGCUUUCCUCACCUUCUGCACCGAGCUUGGCUGGGACGUGAUGGAGCCCGUCACCUACCUCACCGGUCUCGGCACCAUUUUGGGUGGUUAUAUCUGGUUCCUCAUCCACAACCGUGAGGUCUCCUACCGGGCCGUACUCAACGAGACCACCUCGCGGCGACAACAGAAGCUCUACAUUGAAAAAGGCUUCAACAUCGAGCGGUACCAGGAACUCAUCCAAGAGGUCAAAGAUCUGCGCAAGACAAUCAAAAAAGUCGCCGAGGAUUACGAUCUCGAAUGGGACCAAGGCGAGACAAAGGCUGGCAAGCAGAACAAAAAGGCACUCAAGAUCAUUCGCAAGCAGGAAGAGGCCAGCUAUCGCUCCAAGAGGGGCGAUGUUCACGAAGACGAGGGAGCCGAGGCAGACGAGAACGAGGACGGUCGCACAGCGACGCCUUCCCACGAGGCUGAAGACAAGGAUGGAGAUGGACAGCCGGACAACGUUCAGGAUGACCGUUCCAAACUCAAGGUCCGCAAGAAAAAGGCCAACGGAAGCGAGGCUCGUCGUCAUUACUCGACUUCCGCGCGAAAGCGGACCGUGCAUAAUUCCUUGCCAGGUUCUGCAAGACACUACAGCAGCAGCAGUCGUACCAACACACUACCCACGAAGGAAGCCGGUUCGGGGAAAACUUUCAGCGUUCAGCCGUACCUCGCUCUCAGUCGCAUCGACAAGCCCAUCGGCACAUGGCUGCUCUACUGGCCCUGCGCGUGGUCCAUCGUGCUGGCCUCUCACACUCUGGGUCUGUCGUACACGACGCCGCUGUUCUACACGUUGCUGUUCGGUGUUGGUGCUGUCGUCAUGCGCGGCGCUGGAUGCACGAUCAACGACAUGUGGGACGUCAAGAUGGAUCGCAUGGUCGAACGCACCAAGAGCCGCCCGCUCGCCGCGGGCGACAUCACGCAAUUCCAGGCGUUGUGCUUUCUGGGCGUACAGCUCAGUGCUGGCCUUGCCGUGCUUGUCAACUUGAACUUGUACAGCAUUCUGCUGGGUGCAAGCUCCCUUGGCGUCGUCGUCUUGUAUCCCCUGAUGAAGCGCGUGACGUACUGGCCGCAGCUGGUGCUGGGGUUUGCGUUCAAUUGGGGUGCCAUGCUCGGAUGGUCUGCGGUGGCAGGCGCGGUUGACUGGGCCGUGGUGCUGCCUCUCUACACAGGCUCCAUCCUGUGGACGCUGGUCUACGACACCAUCUAUGCACACCAGGACAAGACCGACGAUGUGCAUGCCGGGGUCAAGUCGACCGCUUUGUUGUUCGGAGACAAGACCAAGCCAAUGCUAUCGGCCUUCUCGGCAGGCACGAUCGGGCUGUUCGGUUACAGCGCGUCCUUGGCGGUUCCUCCUACUCUCAGCGCCGCACAGUCAGCAGCCGACAUUUUAAAACCAGCACAAAGCUCUUGUGUCGGCGAUCUCGUCUUUUCGCCCUCGAUGCUCGACACUGUCAGCGCUGGUUCUCCGAUGCUCGACACGUUGGCGCACCACCACCCGUUCUUCGGCGUCGCUCUUGCUGGCGCUGCUAGCCACCUGGCAUGGCAAAUUCGGACGGUGAAGCUCGACGAUCGACCGGACUGUUGGCGCAAAUUCUGCUCCAACACCACUUUUGGUUGGAUCGUGUUUUCAGGGCUCGUCGCAGACUACGCUGCUUGGCUGUACCUGGAUUCUCAGCGGGGCAAGCUCGAGCAGGCUGAAACGCAGGAGUGA